GGUUAGAUAGGAGCGCCCCCUCGCGACGCCGCUGAGCAGAGAGCACGACGCCGCCGGUGCCGGGUCUUUCCCCUCUCCGACGGAUCCCGCACCCGCUGUCCCUCGCUCCAACGCCGCCGCUCCUACCUGUUGCAGUGGAGUGGAGAUCCAUCCGGCCGUGGGCUGUUUUAUCUUUUUGUUUCUGACUGAUUAGGUUCUUCAGCGCGAGAGGCCAAUACAUCCUAGGUGUGCAAUUCAGUUCGCAGAAUUUUUGUGGUCCAACUAAGCUCCGUUUGUGCAAGUAACUCACGCCACCGGAAAGCAUGAGAAGGCGGCCGGGGAUCGCUGGCUUGCAGAAUGCGGCGGCUACUCGCGACCAAUUCCGGCUGGUGGGGGAGAAUGUGGCCAAGGUCAGGACCGAUGUGAUGAAGGAGCAACUUGCGACGUUCAGGUCACAGCUCGAGGAAUUUGCUCGCAAGCAUAAGAGCGACAUCCGUAAAAAUCCGAUAUUUAGACAGCAGUUCCAUGAGAUGUGUGCAAAAGUUGGAGUAGAUCCGCUGGCAUCUAAUAAAGGAGUUUGGGCAGAACUUCUAGGGAUUGGUGACUUCUACUAUGAAAUUGGAGUUCAGAUAGUUGACAUAUGCAUUGCAACUAGAUCGCAUAAUGGUGGCCUGAUUGACUUGCUAGAUCUCCGCAAACUUCUCUGUCAGAAGAGAAAAGCUACUCUUGAAUCAUUAUCUGAAGAUGACUGUUUACGUGCUAUAAGUAAGCUAAAAGUCCUUGGUAGUGGCUUUGAAGUAAUUUCUGUUGGGAGGAGAAAGCUUGUGCGGUCAGUUCCUACUGAAUUAAAUAAAGAUCACAGUGGGAUACUAGGGCUAGCACAGGCUGAAGGCUAUGUCACAGUAGAACAAGUUGAAAAAGAAUUCUCAUGGUCUACUGGUCGUGCGAUUGAUGCCCUUGAAACUUUACUUAAGGAAGGACUUGCUAUGAUCGACGAUGGCCACAGGGACGGCAAGCGUAGAUAUUGGUUCCCAUGCGUCACUGUCAGUUCCGACACAACCAGCGGUGAAGCCAAGUAAUACCCUGUGCUAUGUCAAUUUUGCAAACACACUGUCUUUUAUUCUUUUCCAUGUGUCCAUUUCUCUGUGAGGUGUGGAACAACCAGAGCACCUGUGUGUAAGAUGGAUAGAAUAACAUCACACUCCUAAAUAUGAAAAGUGUGAAUUCAUGUUUGUUAUUGUACAAUAUUCAGAAUUCUGAUGGUUAUGGCCUUGUGGGAUGGGAUGUUGUAGCC